GUCAUGCAGUUCCAGAGACCAUUAUAUAUAGAAGACAAAAGGGCUAAUUUCAUAACGUUCAAGUCCUGUGCGUGGCCCGAAUACCCCCUUGCGUCUUCUAACAUGAAGCUAUUACUGUUUAGUGUGGUGAUGAUUCUAAGUGUGGCUAGGCCUGGCUUGAGCAGCACAAGUAGUUUCAAUGUGAUGCAAUAUGGAGCAAUUGGAGAUGGUUCUACCAACGAUUCCCCAGCGUUUCUCAAGGCUUGGAAAGACGUCUGUCAAAGUAAAUCGAAGAUUUCACAUCUCAUCGUUCCAGCAAAAACGUUCUUACUCAGACCUGUUACCUUCAAGGGUCCAUGCAAAUCUAAGUACAUCUACAUCCAGCUUUCAGGGAACAUAGUAGCGCCGAAAACAAAAGGAGAUUAUAGUGGAUCCCAAAUAAACACAUGGCUGAGCUUCAACUACGUAGAAGGUCUGACCAUCGGUGGAAAAGGAACUAUCGACGGUCGAGGUUCUAUCUGGUGGGAUCAGCCUUGCAUUGGAAAUGCUGCUCCUGGUGCAAAGUGCCGCCCACCAACGGCAUUGACGCUGUACAGAUGCAAUAGGUUUGAACUGAAAGGGACAACACAUGUGAACCCAGCAAGGAGUCACAUAACCCUAACAAGCUGCAAGCAGGGCAAAAUAUCUAAGCUCCGUUUAGUAGCUCCUGGAGAUAGCCCCAACACCGAUGGCAUCGAUAUUUCUGGCUGCACAAACAUUCGAGUUCUCGAUUCUUUCAUUGGCACAGGUGAUGACUGCAUUGCAAUUAGUGCUGGUUCCUCCAUUAUCAAAAUAUCAGGUAUAACUUGUGGUCCAGGCCAUGGUAUAAGCAUCGGAUCGUUGGGAACACGUGGAGAGACCGACAACGUGGAGGAUAUCACAGUGAGGAAUUGCACAAUAACAGAGACUUUAACUGGUGUAAGAAUCAAGACAUGGCAGGGCGGAGUUGGAUAUGCAAGGAAGAUUAGAUUCGAAGGGAUCAGAUUCGUUCGUGCCAAUAACCCCAUUAUCAUUGACCAGUUUUACUGCCCUCAUAGGACUGAUUGCAAGAACGAGACUACUGCAAUAAGAGUGAGCGAUGUAACGUACAGAGGGAUAGUGGGAACAUCAUUGACGAAGGAAGCCAUAGCUCUGAGGUGCGACCAGAACAUAGGAUGCUCCAACCUCGUUUUUGACAGAGUCUAUCUCUCUUCUGCUGUUGCUGGCCAGAAAGCCGUUGCCUUUUGCCACAAUGCUCAUGGAACUUUUUCACACACCAAACCUUCUCUGAAGAAGUGCUUGCUUCCUAAUUAACUGACUCUUGAUUAUCCCUAUUAAUAAUCAUGUCUAUAUAUAUAUAAGUAGUUUAUUAAUCAUAUAAAUAUAUACUAAUACUUUGUAUCGAGUGCGUACGUAAUGUGUUGUCCUUUUGUUUCUUUUUAUUUGUUGUCCAGAGAGCUAUAUAUCAUGCUCCCAGCUAUUGUGCUGAUUCGAAGAGAUAUAUAUAUUAUUAUUCUAUUA